AUGGGAGCGCACGAGUCCCGCAUCAAGGAAGACGACCACACCAAGCUCAACCAGGAGCAAGACAAUGACAACCGUCAACCUGUCGUGCAAGUGCGUGUGUCGGCCGACCUCGUGAAGAGCCUGAAGGAGCCGCAGCAGAACACGGCCUCCAACACCCAUGCUGCGACGUCCAAAGGUAGUAUCUCCCUGGAAGAAUCCGAGAAGCUCCAGAAGGAAGCAUACUUGCGGGGUUCCGAGGACGCGUACAAGCGCGUGGAAGCGGAAGCAAAGAAAAGCACGGCCAAGCCCGUGGACUUGAAGAAGCAAGAGGCCGAAGAGUUGCAGCGUGUGAAGCAGGUCGUGGACGAACUGAACCAGAAGCACUACAGAGCACCUGUGAAUGACGUGCAAUGCUCAAAGGAGCGAGAAACGUGUUUGCAGUGCUAUAGAGAAAGCGGAACGGAUGUGCUCAAGUGCAAGGAAGUGUCGGAUGCUUUUUUCCGAUGCGCCGAUGCCGCCACCACCGAAUUCGUCAAGAAGUAA